CGGGCGAGAAGUGGGCGCGGGGCAGGGAUGCUGCGAGCUGCCCCCGGCCGCCCGGUGCACCGCGAGGCGGGAGAUGCCCAUGACGCGCAGCCCCAGCUGCGCAGGGACCCCGGCCGCCCGCGGCGCCGGGGCGCGGGCACCGGAGGCUCGGCUCCCGGAGCAAGGGCAGGCGCCGCGCACCCGGCAAAGUCAAGAGUGGCAGCGGACCGCCAGCGCCGGCGGGGGCAGGGAAUCACCCCAACGCCCACUCGCGGGGUUCCCACCUGUGCGCCGACGCUGGACGCGGCGAGCGCGAAGCAUGUGCCGGGCGCCGCAGCCAGGACUGCGGCUCGGCGCCUCCCCCGGCGGCGGGCGGCGCCUCGGGCCCGCGGGGCGGCUGUAGCUGCUGCGGCAGGAUGGCCGGCCCGGGGGCGCGGGGCCGCGCAGAUAAAUAGAAUUUACCAGUCCCUGGAUGAAGUGCUUGGGAAGUCUUCAAAUGCCAUAAUCAACUGCCAUUUCAAAGAAAAAAGUAGAUGCUUUUGAAAAGUUCAUGCUGUUUCUUCAUUGAAUUUUAGAAUGAUUGAAGAUAGUGGGAAAAGAGGAAAUACCAUGGCAGAAAGAAGACAGCUGUUUGCAGAGAUGAGGGCUCAAGAUCUGGACCGCAUCCGACUCUCCACAUACAGAACAGCCUGCAAGCUUAGGUUCGUUCAGAAGAAAUGCAAUUUGCACCUGGUGGACAUUUGGAAUGUCAUAGAAGCACUGCGAGAAAAUGCUCUGAACAACCUGGACCCAAACGUAGAACUCAACGUGGCCCGCUUGGAGGCUGUGCUCUCCACCAUUUUUUACCAGCUCAACAAACGGAUGCCAACCACUCACCAAAUCCACGUGGAGCAGUCCAUCAGCCUCCUGCUUAACUUCCUGCUGGCAGCCUUUGAUCCGGAAGGCCAUGGCAAAAUUUCAGUAUUUGCUGUCAAAAUGGCUUUAGCCACAUUAUGUGGAGGGAAGAUCAUGGACAAAUUAAGAUAUAUUUUCUCAAUGAUUUCUGACUCCAGUGGGGUGAUGGUUUAUGGACGAUAUGAUCAAUUCUUGCGGGAAGUUCUCAAACUACCCACAGCAGUUUUUGAAGGUCCUUCAUUUGGUUACACAGAACAGUCAGCUAGAUCCUGUUUCUCUCAACAGAAAAAAGUCACAUUAAAUGGUUUCUUGGACACGCUCAUGUCAGAUCCUCCCCCACAGUGUCUGGUCUGGCUACCCCUUCUGCAUCGACUGGCAAAUGUAGAAAAUGUCUUCCAUCCGGUGGAGUGUUCCUACUGCCACAGUGAGAGUAUGAUGGGAUUCCGCUACCGAUGCCAACAGUGUCACAAUUACCAGCUCUGUCAGGAUUGCUUCUGGAGGGGACAUGCCGGUGGUUCCCAUAGCAACCAGCACCAAAUGAAGGAGUACACAUCAUGGAAAUCCCCUGCUAAGAAGCUAACUAACGCAUUAAGCAAGUCUCUGAGCUGUGCUUCCAGCCGUGAACCUUUGCACCCCAUGUUCCCUGACCAGCCAGAGAAGCCACUCAACCUGGCCCACAUUGUUGAUACUUGGCCACCCAGACCUGUAACCAGCAUGAAUGACACCCUGUUCUCCCACUCUGUCCCCUCCUCAGGAAGUCCUUUUAUUACCAGGAGGUUACCUGAGGGGAUAAGUGCCUACAGCCCCAUGGCUGAGGAGCAUAUGCUCAUAAAGCUGUAUGUAAAUCAGCUUGACCACAGCGCACGCUCUCCUCCCAAGGACAGUGAAGUAGAGCAGAACAAACUGCUGGCUAGGGCUGCUCCAGCUUUUCUGAAGGGCAAAGGGAUACAGUACAGCCUGAACGUGGCAGACAGGCUAGCUGAUGAACAUGUUCUCAUCGGGUUGUAUGUCAACAUGCUCCGGAACAACCCAUCAUGUAUGCUUGAGAGUUCAAACCGGCUUGAUGAAGAACACAGGCUGAUCGCCAGGUAUGCGGCAAGACUGGCAGCAGAGUCCACUUCAUCUCAGCCAACUCAGCAGAGAAGUGCUCCUGACAUCUCCUUCACCAUUGAUGCAAAUAAGCAGCAAAGGCAGCUGAUCGCAGAACUAGAAAACAAGAACAGAGAAAUCUUACAGGAGAUUCAGAGGCUGCGGCUAGAGCAUGAGCAAGCUUCUCAGCCCACUCCAGAGAAGGCACAGCAAAACCCCACUCUGCUGGCAGAGCUCCGGCUCCUCAGACAGCGCAAGGAUGAGCUAGAACAGAGAAUGUCUGCUCUCCAGGAGAGCCGGAGAGAGCUAAUGGUCCAGUUAGAAGGUCUCAUGAAGCUACUUAAGACCCAGGGGGCAGGUUCCCCUCGCUCCUCCCCCAGCCACACCAUCAGCAGGCCCAUCCCCAUGCCCGUCCGGUCAGCGGCGCCAGCCUGCUCCACCCCGACUCACACACCUCAGGACUCUCUCACAGGGGUAGGUGGAGAUGUACAGGAGGCGUUUGCACAAAGUUCAAGAAGAAAUUUAAGGAAUGACUUACUCGUAGCAGCGGAUUCCAUCACUAACACCAUGUCCUCUCUCGUGAAAGAACUGAAUUCUGAGGUGGGGAGUGAAACAGAGAGUAAUGUGGAUUCUGAAUUUGCACGGACUCAGUUUGAGGAUCUGGUUCCAUCGCCAACCUCUGAAAAGGCUUUUCUAGCACAAAUCCACGCCCGGAAACCUGGUUACCUUCACAGUGGAGCUACCCCAAGCACCAUGCGCAGUGACAUGGUUACAGAAGAUGGGGAUGCCUAUGUGCAGCCCGAGGAUGAGAACUAUGAGAAUGACUCAGUCCGGCAGCUGGAGAAUGAGCUCAAGAUGGAGGAAUACCUGAAACAGAAGCUGCAGGAUGAAGGCUAUCAGGCAAGCUAUAGUCAGAUGAUGAAAGUAACAUGCAAGCUGGUGAUGAAGGGGAGCGCUGCACCCACCCCCACAGAGGAGAAGACAGCAGCCUGGCAGCAACCUCACCGGAGAGAGGAACCACCACACACAGCAACUCCUGACAGACCCCCCCCAGCCCUAAAGACGUGUUCUGCUGACUAUAGUGCAGCUAACUUUGUGUUCUAAGAUUUGUAGUUCCUAAGUGUGUGUUUUAAGAAGGAAAAAAAAAAAGACUGUUUAAAGCUAACUUAUCAGCUACAUCUUCGGUAACAUGGCUCAUCCCCGAUUAAAAAAAAAAAAAAACAACCACAGGCUGAAAACCCAUGCUGCUGUUACUUAGGAUUAACAAGCAUUUUAAACCUUUGCACAUAAUAUGGAACCUGUUCCGUUUACAAUGACAAUAUUAAUACUAUUUAUAGCUAGAAGUUUGAUUUCUGAAUUCUUUGAGAUUUUAGCAAAACAGUUUAUUCUACAAUGGACAUAUUUUUUUUUCCACAGCAACUGGAAAAAAACAACCACUUGCAAUUAUUCACUGACCCUGAGGGAUUUGGUUCCUGAGUGUACAAACUCAGAGCCCGGACGCCAAGAAGGGUCCUUGGGCCUGCACGGUCUGCAGUUGUCUGCAAGUCUCUGUGAGCAGUGACUUGAACCAAACACACCAGGAUAGUCCAGUCUCUGGGGCUUCUUUCCAACUUGAGGUUGUUUUCUUUCAAGAUACUCUAACAAGUCAGCCAUAGAAUUUAGUGUAAAUAUUUUUUUCAAAUAGACAUCAUAUCCAAAAAAAAAAAAAGGCAACAUUCAAAUUAUAGAGAAUUUAGUUUUUAAAAUCAGCACAGAUCUUCUUAAAAACUGUGAACUAUGUUUUGAAAUACUCGUUACUAAAGCUGUUUAUAAACCACAGGUGCCAUAAGAUCCCCAAGCGGACUAGAGUGAUCUCUGCUCUUCCAUGGUUGUGUUCUUUUCAUAUUAGCUUUAGGGAGCAUGUUUCUAACAGCACCGCUCAUCCACAAGUUCCCCUAUCAGGUUGUUUGGAGGCCUUCAGCUUUAAAUGUACAGGCUUAAAGUGCGCUUGCAAAAAACGUUCACUCUCCUUUUAUUUCUGAAUGUUUAUUGCCUUAGCUGGCUACCUGGUGUUCUGCAUGCAGCCUUCUGUGGUCAUGUGACAGGAAACGGGCUCUUCUAAGUUGAGUUAGGAUUUUGCACUCGGGGAAAUGCUGAUGUGCAAAAGAAAGGUCAAAGAAGGGAGAAUGAAAGGCUCUGUGGGCGGUCCUUCAUGAGGGCCCUUUUUUGGGGAGCUCUGAAGACCUCCCUCAGGGAUUCUUGGGAAAUGAAAGAGUAACCUAUGUUUGCAAAAUUUGAUGAAAUAAAAAUCCUGCAGCAUAUUGGAUACAUUAUACUUAAAUUGGCAGCUUCUCUGGAAUUCCUGCUUCUCCUUUAAAAGAGAGAACAGUGGUUCUCAAAGUGUGUUCCCUGAGCCGGAAGCAUCAGCAUCACCAGGGAAUUUAUUUAGAAAUGCAAAUUCUUAGGCCCCUACACCUACCAAAUUUGAAACCUGGGGGCUGGACCCAGCAAUCUGUGUUUUAAUAAGGUGAUUCUGAUGCACACUAAAGGUUGAGAACCACUGCUUUAAAAUAAAGUUGUAUAAUCAAAUUUCUGAAAAAGCCUUAUUCAGAGUAAACAAAGGUUCUGAGUCAACCUCAAAGCUUCAGCGAUUUGAUUUUGCUUCUAGGGCUGGCAGAAACCUUCUCCAACUCCACCUAGUUGGUAGUUGGUGGAUACCCAAAUGAGAGCAGACAUGCUGACAUCUUCCAGCUCCCCCUUCAGAGGGCUCUAAGAUGUUCUUGUCUCUGCAUUUGAUCAGAAACCAUCUCCUUGGCUGCCCUUUGGAACAAAAUCACUUGCCUUGGGGACAGUAAAGCUCUUGGUUGGCAUUAAUAAGGAGCCCAUUCUGUCCAAUAAUGUACUUAAUUAUACUUCCUUCCAGAGAACCAGUCUGACAAAUGUCCCUGAGAACAGGCUGACACCAAAGUGGUACAACUGCACAGUUCUCAGAUUUCUUUGCACAGAUGGAUUUUAUUGCGGGUUUUGUUGUUAUGUCUUAAUGUUCAUCUCCUUUCCACUGCCCAUCUUCUGUGAAACCAUACCUCUCUAGAUGGAGCAGGUGGUCCCUGGUGCCUCAUACUCAGUACUUAAAACCACUACAUCUCAGUUACCUACAUUACUUUCAGCUCUAAAUCGUAGUCAGGUAGUUCUUGAACUCAGAACUCUGACCCUGAAAGUGGCAUUCAGCCACUGACUGGACUGAGCUGACAUCUAUUGUCACUAGAUGUUUCUACAUCAGAAUGUUUAUCUAAGGUUUGAACUGUUUUGCUGAUAAUCUUCCCCCCUUGUCAUAGCUUUCAUUGCCAACUCCAUCACAUGGUUGUUGAUACCAUCGUACAAAGCCAUUGCAAGGACUCUGGAAACUGCUGCCAAUGACCAGUUCCCGACUAACCAGCCACCUUUUCUUUCUCUUAGCUCCACGUCAGCACUGAGACCAGACUCAAGCACCCCUGUCCUGUAAUCGAGACAAAAUGGCAUGUGUUGUUUUGGGUUUUUGUGGUUUUUGGUGGGUUUCUUUCCUUGGCUCUCCAAAUUUACUUUUGGGGCCUGUCCUAAGUGCAAACCCAGCAGGUUUUACCUAUCCUGAAAAUUAGAUACAAAUAUAUCUUGCAAGGGGUGUUUCUUUCUUGUUUCACAAUGAAUUGCACAUCCAUCUCCAUCAGAGAAGAUGGCCUAUUAAUGAGCACUGGUCUAACACAGCCAACCCUCCUCCACAGCACCAUGUUAAUGGAGGAGGGAAGAGUGUGAAAUCUACUGUACGGAAUACAGAAAUCAGUUGUGGUUGGACGUCGGGGUAAGUUUGGUUGGUCAGAAGGAGAUGUGCUGGAGAUUGUGAAAAAUGGAUUCUUGAAUGAUAAGGCAGGGAAGGUUCAUUUGUAAGUAGUAAUGUGAACUGAAUUGCGUAAGAACGUGGCCUUGUUGUGAUAUACUAUGUAUUUUCUUAUAUGCAUGAGCCAAACCGUUGCAUCAUAAUUUAGCACUAAUGUCUGCUUUUAUUUUGAUCAUCUUUGUCCACCCUUAUUAGUUCUUGGCUGUUAACUGUAGAUAAACUCAUACAUAUAGCAACUUUUGGUUGCUGCAGUCACCUUGGUUCGAUUCCAUGCAAGGAGCCACAAACGAGAACUCCACUGUGUCCUCAGAAGAAAGGGCAUUUUUACUUUUGAACCAAAAAGAAAAAAAAAAUCAGAAGCAUUACAUCGUGAGGCUAAUUAACUGUAAGACAUUUUUAAUUAUGACUACUGUAAUUUGACACCAUUUGAAGUAACCAAUUCAGAGAGACACUAAAGAUUUCACAAUAUUCAUUGGUAUUGUAACAAAACUACUAUUGUAUGGGGUUUUUUGUAUUGCUGUUAAGUAUUGUUUUGUGUGUGUGUGUGUGUGUGUGUGUGUGUGUGUGUGUGUGUGUUGGAACCUCCUGGGGACAUGUUAUAUUUUGAAGUGAUUAAACUAUUUAAUUGUGUGUCUAUAUUUUGGAAUGGAGUUAUUUCUUCAUUAAAAAAUGUUUUUAAAAGCA